AUGAGUAUAUCAAUACUGAUUUAUCGUCAUGUACCACAAUUUCCACAUCGUAUAAUUCGAAGUCGUAUGGAUUGUCGAGCGCAUGAGCGAUACGUUCGAUGUGGACCCGAACAACACUGUGAUAUGUCUUGUGCAAACCUUUUCAGUCCUCCGCAUUGCUUCAAUCCGCACCAAAAUCAUCCGAAAUGCUUUCAUCCACGAUGCGUUUGUGUGAGUGGUUAUGUUCGUGACAAGAACGGAUUUUGCAUCAGACAAUGGAAAUGUUCUGGCAGGUUCGAAUGA